GUUGAUAUGCGCGUCGCGGCAGUUGAUGGCCAGAAAACUCACGUCCAGAUUCACCUGCAGCUUCUCGCCUAGUGUUGAGUCCACGACCAUGUGCUCGUGUGUGUUGAUGCUCAAAUAGGCGCUCAAUUCGGACAGGAAGAGGAUGGCCAUAAUGAUUCCUGCAACAAUAGAGACAGUGGCACCGAAUUCUGUCUGCACUUUAAACUCGCGGUGCAUCUUUGGAUACACAUCCACUUUCUUCAGCACACGGCGCGCUGAGCGAGUCACGCUGCUCUCUUCAUCGCCCAGACCUCCGUCGUCCACGUCGCUCUUGACGGCGCGCUGCCGCAUCUCGCUCAAGUUAUGACUCUUUGCCGCGUGGAUCAAAUGGAUAGAGUCACAAGACGUUGUUGCCACGAGUUGAAUGUGACUGUAAAGCCAGAGAUGGUGUGAUGCACACAAAUCGCUUCAUUAGCACGAUGGAGCUCAAUUGCCAAGCGGACGCCUACGACGGAAAAGAGACUUUGAGGAGAAACGAGCUAUAGCGGGGGCUUUUGCUGCAUAAUUUAUUCCCGAGAUGGAGACGCCUAUUGGGCGGAGACGCGACGAGGAGGAGGAAGACGAUGCGUGGGCGCUGGAGCUCGAAGAGGAGCUGGACCUCGAAGGUAUCCACUACGACAGGGGAUUGAGUUGAUACAUUAGACGGUUGGAUGUAGCUUAUGGAAUCGAUUUGUUUUACGCAUGUGCUACUAGGGACUGGGAGUACUGCGGGUGUGGUAUACGAAUCCAAAGUGGAAUUAGAGGAGAAGCCGGCGGCUGCAAGUGAGCAGACGAAGGAGACAGCUUUGGCUCGGUCGUCGCUUGCUGCGACUUUGCCGCAAGAGGUGCUCGCUCUCAUUAUCAGCUUCGGUCAAGUCGGACGUGUGUGUAAGUCCUGGAGUCUCGCAAGUAUUGCAGUCGCCCGUCGUCGCUUUUCGUCAAGACUCGCGGACAUUCUGCGUCCCUUGGACACAAACGCUCUUGCGGUGGCUCUGGACGUGGAGGCCGAACUGUAUGCUGCCUACGGGCAAAGCUACUCGUUGACAAAAGCGUACGCGCACAAGGCUAGGACGCUACUAUUUAAUCUAAAGGAUUCUCGCAAUGUCGACCUGCGCAACCGACUGCUGUCUGGCGAGCUACCGUCGCACAGUCUUGUGCGUAUGAGCGCGCCCGACAUGGCUAACCCACAACUGGCUCGUCAGCGCAAGGAGUGGAUCAAGAAGCGCACACACGAGGUGAUGCGGGAUGGCCGAGAGGCAGAAGGCUUCGAGUCGGAUCUGUUUGAAUGCCGCAACUGCGGCAGCUCUCGCACGCGUUACCGCCAGUGGCGUCGAAAGGCUGUGGUGGACCGCACGCGAAUUAUCGUUAUUUGCCUGAGGUGUCCGUAUCGAUGGGAAUUAUAGGCGCAAAUUGUAGAAUAAAGGCACAAUAUUUGUGCUAUCACUGAUUAUAUUUCCAAGUCGUCACAAAUAGCAAAUCAUAUUUCUAAAACCUG